AUGAAGUUCACGUUACCGGAAGACACGUUUCCAGCUCUCAAUCUAUCCAAAGAAAAACAAGAAUCCUUGAUCGACGAAGCCGAGACCGUAGUGCGCGAGACUCUAGCAGCGAACGAAGAAUUCAUCACCGAAGGCGCUACAUUCCGUGGCCCAAAGUGGAGAUUGGUACGCGCGAAAGAAGGACUGAGUGUGUAUCGCCAACGUCGAUCGAUUGGGAGCAAGAGAGUCUCGACUGAAGUGCGACGUCCAUCAUCACCUCAAAGCUCAUCAUGGUCUUUCAAGCUUCGAGGUCGCGCUGCAAGUAACAUGCACUGGGAGACAAGCACCGAAGGAGAAACAUCGGGCUCUACAGGGAAUACAAUCCAAGACACCAUGAGACGUCCAGGUGUAUCCCUGAUGGUUAUGCACGGUACCGUCGACGGUAACCUAGCCGACUGUAUGUUCGGUACCUUUGCGUCUACAGAUCAAGCCUGGAUGUGGCGUAGUUCGCAUCUCAAUGACCGACUUGAUGAUGCUCGGAUCCUUGCCACCAUCCGAGGACCCACUCGUAAAGAUCCGUUCCGGUUCUUAGGUAUCAAAUGGUUCGCUAAGGAAAACCCUGCGGUUCUUUCGGGUAUCGUACAGCAGCGAGAUUUCCUCGUCAUGGAGGCUACAGGCCUUACGCGUGACUCCAAAGGAGACACCGUUGGCUACUACCUCAUGCACUCCGUCUCGUUACCUGGUGUUCCGGAACUUCCCGAAAUGGGGAUCAUCCGUGGACAAGUGAGUCUUUGUUACAUUGAUCGACAGGGCGGACCUGGUAAAGUAGAGCUGUUCUGUCGCGGAUUCAGUGAUCCUCGAGGUGAAAUGCUUGACCGAGUAUCAGUAGGAAUCGCCUCUGAGGCGCUGAUCUGCGCUGCUGGUGUUGUCGACUACGCGUACAUCAAGAAACUGACGUGGUUGAUGAAGCACAAGGGCGGUCGUAAGGUCGAGGAGAAGCGACCUACUCGCUGCGAGACGUGCGAAAAGAGCUUCACCAAGUUCUCGUUCACUGGUGUUGGAGCUGGAGCUCCGUGCCAGAUCUGCUGUCUUGUGGUAUGCGGUAAAUGUAGUGUGGUGAAAAAGAUGACUGUGGAUGUAUCAAGUGCCGGAACAGUCAAGCAGUGUGCGCUUCGGUUUUGUCUAACCUGUCUGCUUGAAGCUAAGGAGAAAUCGGUUUGGGAAAUGGCGCUGAGUGGCGUUGAAACCUCAUCGGAAUGCUCCUCAACUUCAGGAUCAGCUCGUGUUCCUCAAUAA